AUGACACCAGAUAGUAUUUUGAUGGAUAAUUCUACUACAGUUGAACCCGACUAUUUACGUUUAAUUCUUACUUCUAGAGUUUACGAAAUUGUUAAAGAAACCCCAUUACAGCAUGCUACAAACCUUUCCAUAAAAACGAAUAAUAAAAUAUUAUUAAAAAGAGAAGAUUUGCAUGAGGUCUUUUCAUUCAAGAUUAGAGGUGCUUAUAAUAAGAUUUCUCACUUGACAGAGGAAGAAAGAAACCGAGGUGUCAUUGCGUGUUCUGCUGAUGCCAGUGCAACACCGACAAUUAAAUGGCAGAACGUUGAACGACUUGGUGCCAAAGUUGUUCUAUAUGGUUCAGAUUUUGAUGAGGCUAAAGCAGAAUGUGCUCGUUUAAUAGAAGUGGAGAAACGUACAAAUAUCCCUCCCUACGAUGAUCCCUAUGUCAUAGCUGGUCAGGGAACUAUCGCGAUGGAGAUCCUUCGUCAAUACAAAACACUUGAUGCUAACGCCAUGACGCUUUCGUUGAGAGAGAAAAGGCGCGUAAUUCUUGAUGAAGUUGGGUUAUUUGCAGAUGGUGCUGCUGUUAGAAUUGUGGGCGAGGAGACUUUUAGGGUAUGCAGUGAGGUCGUAGACCAAAUGAUCAAUGUGUCUAAUGACGAAAUUUGUGCAGCUAUCAAAGAAGUUUUUGAAGAUACUCGAUCAGUUUUGGAACCGGCUGGAGCACUUUCUGUAGCAGGGAUUAACAAAUAUAUUGCUGAAAACAAGAUUACGGGUGGUUGUUUUGUAGCCAUUACUUCUGGUGCAAACAUGAAUUUUGAACGACUGAGAUUUGUAGCUGAACGUGCUGAAUUGGGCGAACAACGCGAAGCUUUGAUUUCCGUAAUCAUACCCGAACGUCCCGGAAGGUGA